AUGAUGAGGGAGGGUGAUGCAUGUGUUACGCUUCUAAGAAGCAAGCUCCAUGGUCUGGUCGAAAGGAAUCGCGCUCUCGAAGAGGAGAACAAGCAAUUGAGACACCAAGUGAGCCAAUUAAAAGGUCAGAUCUCCUCUCUCGAAGGCCAGGAUACUGAUAAGAGGAUGCUAUGGAAGAAGCUGGAGAAUUAUGCAACCAGCAUCAGCUACUCCAAGGAAAAGCAGUUUGUCCAGAGCAAUGAUGGUGCUAAGGAAGCUCUAGAUCUCAACAGCUCAUUGUAUCACAGUAGGCAGCAAUUCUCCAGGAGGAGCACAAAGGAGAUACAAAGGGUACCAGAGGUAGUCGAGUUGUACCGGUCGUUAGUGCGGCGUGAAGGCAAAAAUGAUGCAAAGUCUGGACCCGUAGGAAUUCCAGCAGCAACGAACAGCAGAGAGAUGAUUGGGGAGAUUGAGAACAGAUCAGCUUAUGUUUUAGCUAUUAAAUCAGACGUAGAAAAUCAAGGCAACUUUGUGAACUUCCUCGCAAGUGAAGUUCAAAAUGCAGCAUACAAAGAGAUAGCUGAUGUUGAAGAGUUUGUGAAGUGGCUUGAUGGGGAAUUGUCAUACCUUGUGGAUGAAAGAGCAGUGCUCAAACACUUCCCUAACUGGCCCGAGAAGAAAGCAGAUGCUAUGAGAGAAGCAGCAUUCAACUACCGAGAUCUGAAGAACCUAGAAUCAGAAGCAUCAUCCUUUCAUGAUGACAGGAGAGUGGCUACACCUAUGGCUCUCAAGCGCAUGCAAGCUCUGCAGGAUAAAAUUGAACAAGGUAUUCAUAACACUGAACGAGUAAGGGACAGUGCAAGCGGAAGAUAUAAGGAUCUUAAGAUACCAUGGGAAUGGAUGCUCGACUCUGGAGUCAUAAGCCAACUAAAGAAGGCUUCCUUGAAGCUUGCAAAAGAGUACAUGAACCGCAUCGUGAACACACUGAAGUCAGAUCCAUUUGCGAAUGACGAGGAGCUACUUCUGCAAGGUGUCCGCUUCGCCUUCCGCAUACAUCAGCUGCCGUUGGAGCGGGCGGCCACCGCCGUGUGGGAGUUCAGCUGCGUCGUGCCUUCGCAGCACGAAUCGCUGGAUUUCAAGUUUGUUUUGAAGCGAAAAGAUGAUAGUUCUCAAUACAUUAUUGAGGAGGGACCUAACCGACCACUGGGUUGCCAGAGCAAUGAAUUUGAAAUGAGGACUGCGGUGUUUAAACUCAAUGAAGGGAAGGAGGUACUUGAGUGCAAGGUUCAGGUUGAGACAGAAAUGUUAUCCCCAUUUGACCUGGCGACUAGUUGGAGGGCUCAUCAGGAGUAUUUUCAGCCUUCAAGGGUGCGAGGGACCCAUGAUGUCACUAUCAACCCUGGGUUAGAAGGCGGGGCCAAGAAUGGCUUCGCUUCUGGUUUGGAGCUUGAUUUAGAGAAGUAUGUAGUUCCAACACCAAACAUGGGCUCAAGUGUUGUUUAUGCAGCUAACUUGACUGAAAAUCCACGCUCAUUAUUGCAAACUGGGAAUUCCUCAAACAAUGAUACCACAAAGGACAUUUUGCACAGCUCAACUAAAGGCGAUUCAUCCUCGAAUCACUAUGUUAACACUAUGAAGAGUGCAAUUGGAGGGCAUGCGCCAUCACUGGAAGAACAAAGGGUAAUGUUUGUUGAUAGAGGUGUUGGCUCACCAAAAUUUGCAAGACCAACAAAGGAAACCUUUUCGAUGAGCAACUUUAAGUUGGAUUCUGAAUCAAAGGGUAUGCCAGCAGCAGAAGGGGCUGUUGCAGCAGCUGCAGUAGCUGAUCAGAUGUAUGGGCCAAAAGAGGACCACAAGUUGGCCAUUGUGUUGGUUGGGCAACCAGCUCGUGGUACCUUUACAGCAGCUAAACUUACAAGAUAUCUCAGAUGGUUAGGUCAUGAAACAAAACACUUCAAUGUUGGAAAGUACCGCCGGCUCAAACAUGGAACUAAUCAGACUGCUGAUUUCUUUUGUGGAGAUAACAGGGAGGGUGUGGAGGCACGUAACGAGGUGGCUGCAUUAGCAAUGGAAGAUAUGCUAUCUUGGAUGCAGGAAGGUGGUCAGGUUGGUAUUUUCGAUGCCACAAACAGCACAAGAAGACGGAGAAACAUGCUGAUGAAAGUGGCUGAAGGAAAAUGUAAGAUCAUCUUUUUGGAAACAUUAUGUAAUGACCAAGAUGUUCUUGAGAGAAAUAUACGAUUGAAAGUUCAACAAAGUCCCGAUUAUGCAGAGCAAACAGAUUUUGAAGCUGGUGUACAAGAUUUCAAAGAGCGAUUGACCUAUUAUGAAAAGGUCUAUGAACCGGUGGUAGAAGGUUCUUACAUAAAAAUGAUCGACAUGGUUAGUGGGAAGGGGGGCCAACUAAAGAUUAAUGACAUAAGUGGUUGCUUGCCUGGACGGAUUGUUUUCUUCUUGGUUAACUGUCAUCUGACGCCUCGUCCUAUCCUGCUAACAAGACAUGGCGAAAGUAUGGAUAAUGUCAGAGGAAGAAUCGGUGGAGACUCUUCUUUGAGUGAGGCCGGUGAGCUUUAUUCGAGGAAGCUUGCAAGCUUUGUGGAGAAGCGACUGAAGUCCGAGCAGACUGCCUCUAUAUGGACUAGCACACUCCAGAGAACAAUAUUAACAGCACAUCCGAUCAUUGGUUUUCCAAAGAUACAAUGGCGUGCUCUUGACGAGAUAAAUGCUGGGGUCUGUGAUGGGAUGACAUACGAUGAAAUAAAGAAAAGUAAACCUGAAGAAUAUGAAUCACGAAGAAAAUACAAGCUGAGGUAUCGUUAUCCGAGAGGAGAAUCCUACCUUGACGUCAUUCAAAGGUUGAUACCUCUGCAUACAAUAAUUGAGAUACAAAUGGGUGUUGCUGGUGUUCAAGAGAAACGGUACAAACUCAUGGAUGCAAUCCAUCCCACAGCGGGGUUGUAA